CCGAGAGCCUUGCGAAAGCCAAUGGCUCUCGCCAAGCCUUGCACUUCACUUCACCUCCAGCUCUGCCAAUGACUCGACCAACAGCCGACAGUAUGCGCCAGUAGCACCGUCGAUCAACAUGACUCACGAGACACUCCCAAAGACAUAAAACGACGACGACAAUAACCAUGCCAUCAACACCGGAUCCCAUUGCACCAACAUCGCCAAAAUGACAACAACGGAAAAGACCUUCUUCAAAUUCACCGCGGAGCAAGCAGCCGCCUACGCCUCCGGCCGCGGCGGCAGCUACCCCCUCCCCCUCUACGAGCGCCUCCUGAACUACCACCAAGGCGCGCGCAACCUCAUCCUAGACGUCGGCACCGGGCCCGGCAAAGUCCUCUUCGACCUGCUCCCGCACUUCGCCUCCGGAAUCGGCACAGACAGCUCCCCAGGCAUGAUCGCGCAGGCGCAACACGACGCCGCAGCGCGCGGGCUCGCGGACAAAGCGCGUUUCCAAGUCUACAGCGGGGAAGAAAGCGACAAAGCCGUCGUCCCGCCCGAAGCAGCAGACGUAAUCACCGUCGCCAUGGCGGCGCACUGGAUCGACAUGCCCACCUUCUACACCGCGGCGGCGCGCGCGCUUCGCCCAGGCGGCACGCUGGCCAUGUGGACGUGCUCGUCGUACUACGUGCAUCCCUCCGAGGCGAACGCGAGUCUCAUCCAGGCCGCGCUGUACGAUUUGGAGGACGGGAUGUUGGCGCCGUAUCGCCAUGCGGGCAACGUGUUGACGCGCAAUGCGUAUGAUGCGCUCCCGCUUCCGUGGACGAUUGAAGGCUUUGAAUCGGCUUUUGAGAAGGCGUCGUUUGAGCGGAGGGAUUGGGACCGCGGCGGGGUGCCGUCUGCGGCUGCGCAGGCGGAUGGCUCGCCCGGCCCGUUUCUGAAGCAUGAGGAGGAGAAGCUGGUGGAUCUCGAGGCUGGACUAGGCUCGGCGAGUAUGGUUGUGCGGUGGCGGGAGGCGAAUCCCGACAAGGCGUUGACCGAUGAGGAUCCGGUGGUGGUUACUAUGAAGCGGCUGAGGGAGCUGGCUGGGGGCCGGGAGGGAUUGGUCUUGAGCCCGAGUUAUUCUUUGUUGUUGAUGCGGACGCGGCGACCGUGAGGGUUCAUCUACAAGACACGGAUAGAGAUAGACAGGGCGAUGUGGGGAGUCGUCGACGAGAAG